AUGACGACGACGACGACACCAAUAAUGAUACGGAGGACGACGGCGGCGGCGGCCACGACGACGGUGUGCCUAGGCCUGCUGCUGCUUCUACUACUGGCGGCGUCGACAGCGACGGCGCAUUUCACGGUCGGCGAGGUGGACGAGUACUUGACCAAGCGCACGCAGGAGUCCCGCCGCAGGAACCACGGCGGCGUCGGGAUCAACGACCUCAUCUCCGGUGCGGCGCGCUUCCACGCCAGCGUGGAUGCACGCGCGUAUGGCCGCCGCUCCGGCCUGCAGGUGCAGGAGGAGGCAGCAGCAACAGCUUCUACCGCGGUCGCGGGGGCGGGGCGUGUAACGAAAGCAGAAGCACAAGAGGCUUCAGCUGAAGGUGGCGAUUAA